GGUUCCAUCCCAUUACAUCGUGAGAGAUUGGUCCAAGAACAAAGAAGCCAUUCAUGAAUCAGACAACUCGAGCAUUCCGCCCAAGCACAACAUGUACGGAUUACUACUUCAGAACAUGGCCGAGUAUAUCAUCAAAGUCUAUGGAGACAAGCAGUGGCAAGAGAUCAAGACCUCAUUAAAGAUCGAUCGGAAUGAAUUUGCCACUGGAGACACAUUUCCUGAAGGUCAAUUGAUCAAAAUGGGAAAGAAGGCCCUGCAGGUUCUGCAAAUCAAAGAUGAAGAGUUUUACGAGGGCAUGGGUGUCUAUUUCAUUGAGCUCACUCGUAACCUCGGCUACGGAGUGUUUCUGCAAAAUCUAGGAAGAUACAUUCGAGAUUUCCUGUUGAAUUUGGACAAUUUUCACGAUUAUCUCAAAUUCACGUUUCCUCGAAUGAAGGCCCCUUCAUUUUUCGUGGAGGAUGAAACCGAGAAAAGCAUCAAAUUGCAAUAUCGAAGCAAGAGAAGAGGGUUUCAUUACUACGUUCAAGGCCAGAUAAAAGAGAUUUCCAAAAAGUAUUUUGGCCACCGAAUGGAUAUCCAACUAAAGAAGCAGGAGGUAGUUUUUGACACUGUCAUUUGCACCUUUGACCUCUUCUUUGACAACUCUCCGUAUUCUGAAUGGAUCCAAACGGGCGUGGAGAGGAAAGAGUCCAGCUUGCCAAUCAGGGCGGCCAUGAUUUUUGAAAUGUUCCCGUUCUGCAUUUUGUUCCAAAAAGAUCUCACGGUGACUUGUAUGGGCGUGGCGCUGCAGCAAGUGAUUCCUGGGAUCGUGGGUAAGCGCAUCACAUCCUACUUCGAGUUGGUCAAGCCCCUCAUCGAGUUCAAAUUCGACACCAUCCAAACUCGAACGAAUAACAUGUUUGAGUUGGCCACAUCUGAAGAGAUCGACAAGUUGGGCAAGUCCGCCAAAAGUUCCGGAUCCGGCCGGUUCACGGACGAAAUCUUCCUUGGAGAAGAUGUGGACAAGACGCUUCACAUCAAGGGUCAGAUGAUCUUCAUUCAAGAGUGGCAGCAAAUGUUGUUCUUGGCUUGUCCAAUGAUGAACGCCCUCAACAAUCUGGUCUGGACCGGAUUAUUUGUCAACGACUUAAGCAUGCACGAUUAUUCCCGAGAUAUCAUGCUGGCCACAAGUCAAGAACAGAUUGAGAUGAGAAUGGCGUUGAAUGCGGCCGAGGUGAAAGCCAAUGCACUGAACACGCAACUGAAGAAGUUAGACGAAAUCCAGCAGAAAACCGAUGAACUCCUUUACCAGAUGAUCCCCAAAUCUAUUGCCGACAGAUUACGGAAGGGCGAGGAUACGAUGUCCACAUGUGAGGUGUUCUCGUCGGUGACCAUGCUUUUUUCGGACAUUGUGGGCUUCACCACCAUUUGCUCACGAUUGGAACCGGCUCAGGUGGUGGUUUUCUUGAACAACCUCUACACGCUCUUUGACUUCUUGGUGGAUCAGAACUCCGUGUACAAAGUAGAAACCAUUGGUGAUGCAUAUUUAAUUGUGUCCGGCUGUCCAGUCAAAUCCACCAACCAUGCUCUCAAGAUUUGCGAUAUGGCUUUCGAUAUGAUGGAUGGGAUCGCGGUCAUGAAAGAUCCUGGCACUGGACAGGCCGUCGAGAUGAGAAUUGGGUGCCAUACCGGAUCCGUUGUGGCAGGCAUUGUCGGCCUCAAGAUGCCUCGAUACUGCUUAUUCGGACUGAAUGUGGCGCUCACCGAGAAACUCGAGUCCAAUUCUAAGCCCAUGAGGAUCCACAUUUCGCAACCCUGCAAGGAUCUGUUACCACCCCAAUAUCGGACGGAGUUGCGUGAGGAUCCCGAGGUCACGCAAAAGGUCGGCGGGAUGAACAGCUACUUUCUCACCACCAAGGAUGGCCGCAAGACCCUAAAGGCUGAUGUGCUCAAGGCUUUGAUGCCCACAGACGCAGAGUUGCCCAAAUUAGAAGGCCACGGACAGAGCGGUGUGGAGCCCAAUGCCCAGGGCGACAAUCCCGAUGGCGCUGCUGACAAUGGGGGAGAGGAGGACGCUGGGGAUGACGAGGAUUCUGGCAUGGAUGAUCGGGAAUCUUUGUUUGCGGCUGGCUUUGAAGGUCGCCGGGUGUCCACUGCCCAAGGGCCCUAUUGUGGCGGGUUCCAAAACUCGGGCGUGUGUACCAUAGUUUGAGUCAUAAUGUGUAUUAAGAUAAAUAACUUAGACAAGAGGAUCAAUACAAAAUCAAGCGAAGGUUCGUUUG